AUGUCCCUCUUCGGCGACGACGACCCACCCGCCGCUGCUUCCACCCGCCGCGCGAAAUCGAGCCUCUUCGACGACGACAACAACACGCCAGGCACACCCUCCAAGAAAACCUCCCUCCACGCCCGCGGCGUGUCGAAUAGUAUCUUCGCCUCCGCCGACCCUCCCGCUGCAGCAGAAGAAGACGACUCCCCUUGGGGUUUCACGCCCAAGAAGUCAAAAGGCGGCAGUGGCAAUGUGAUCAAAACCCUGCUCGCUGAUGCGGCUGUACCGGAUGGGUAUGUCGACGCUUUUGACGAGCUGCAAGUCGGGGGUAGGGUGAGUGCCGACGAUGCGCAGAAGUUGGUCAAGGAGUGUGGAGUUGGCGUGGGAGACAGGACGGAAGUGUGGAGGAUUGUGAGCGCGGGAGACCAAGAGUUGGAGGGAUUGGGACGGGGUGAGUUUUUUGUGCUGUUGGCGUUGGUAGGGCUGGCGCUUGAAGGGGAGGAGUUGGGAUUAGAUGCUGUGGAUGAGAGGAGGGGACGCUUGCCGAUUGUUAAGAUGCCGGUGAAGAAACAAGCAAAUGCUGAGGUGCAGGCGACGGAAGGUGGACCGCCGACUUCGUUUGCAGCUGGGUUUGGAGAGGCGGAUCCGUGGGGGAGUCCGGAGAUGCAUAAGGGACAUGGACAUGUUAAUGGUGGUGCUGGUGGAGGAGCGGCUUCUCAGCAGCAGAGGACGACGAGUUCGUUUACUACGGCGAGUAUGGCGGAGUCGACGAGUGCGGCGGGUGGGAGCUAUGGCAAUGGUCAGACGAAUAGUAGUGGUGGUGGAAGCUGGGGAGCUUCGGCUGCGUAUGGCGCGAGUGGUACGGUUGGGUUUGGGAAUGGAGACGCUGUGGAGGAUGGCUUCGGAGCGGAGGGAACUGGACAUAGUGCGCCUCCACGACGACCUCAGCAGCCCCGAGUGGCCACCGGGAAGGGUGUUGAGGAAGUCAUUACAGUGAAUCUGCUGGAUGAAAAGGAGGGCAUGUUCCUGUUCCAACACCGCAACUACGAAGUGGCGAGCAUCCGCCGCAACAGCAAGGUCAUCAGACGGUACAGCGACUUUGUCUGGUUGCUCGACUGCCUGCAUAAGAGAUAUCCAUUCCGUCAGCUGCCGCUCCUCCCGCCGAAAAGAGUCUCCAUCAACGGCAACCACAUCGCGACCGACUCUGCAUUCCUCGAGAAGAGACGACGAGGACUGGUGCGGUUCGCUAACGCUCUCGUCCGCCAUCCGGUGCUCAGAGAGGAGCAGUUGGUCGUCAUGUUUCUCACGGUUCCAACGGAACUCGCCGUCUGGCGCAAACAAGCCACCAUCAGCGUGCAAGAAGAAUUCGUCGGCCGCGCCCUGCCUCCCACCCUCGAAGACAGCCUUCCCCCAAACCUCCAAGAGACCUUCGACACGGUCCGCAGCGGCGUCCGUCGCAGCGCGGAUUUGUACAUCAACCUCUGUACCCUCGUUGAGCGGCUGUGUAAACGUAAAGAAGCCCUCGCGGCGGAAUACGGACGACUGAACCUCAACCUCGUGACCUUGACCGAAGUGACGGCGGAUACUUACGCCAUUGAUCCGAGUGAUGUGUCCGCUCUCGAUGUGGGACUGAGAGGGAGCGCGAGGCAUAUCAAUACGAGUCAGAGUCUGUUGGAGGACGAGGCGAGGGCGUGGGAUGAGGGUGUGUUGGAGGAUUUGAAGACGAUGAGGGAUGGAUUGGUUAGUGUUAGGGAGAUGUUUGAGAGGAAGGACAGGUUGGCGAGGGAUAAUAUCCCGCAGCUGGAGAAGAGGAUUGCGGGGAAUGAGAGCAAGUUGGCGGCGGUGAGGGCGAAGGGGGAUGGAGCGAAGGUUGGGGAGGCGGAUAAGGUUAUUGCUGCUAUUACUGCUGACAAACAAUCGAUCGUCGACCAGCAUGCACGCGGCGUGUUCAUCCGGGAAUGUGUGAGGGAUGAGUUGUUGCAUUUUCAGAGCUCGCAGUAUCGGGUCAGUCGAUUGCAGCAGGAGUGGGCGCAGGAGAGGGUCAAGUAUGCCGAGUUGCAGGCGGAUAAUUUCAGGGGAUUGGUGGACACGGUGGAGGCGAUGCCGUUGGGGGAUUGA